UGGCCAAUUUUGCAAAUUUCCAAUCUUUAGCUUCUGAUUGUGCAAUAUUUUAUGCCAGCUUGACGUGUUUAUUGACUGAACACGUCAAGCGUAGCCUCUGCUUUUUUUAAAAACCAGGAAGAAAAUGUGUUGUUAAAUUGACUCAUUCCUUUUUUUAAACUACUCUGAAACUGGAACUGCUCUAACAUUCAAACUGUAGAUGUGUACAUGUCUGUACCUGAUUAUCCCAACCUGCUUUGGGUGUGACGACUACCUUCCGGGUUACAUGACACAUUCACGGUCCCAGUGCUUGAACACACACAUAAUAGCAGGUCUUUAGAGCUGUCCGUGUAAUUUGGGAGAAGUAAAGUGAAAGUGUGAAGAUGGCAAACAGACCAGCCCUGUCCACUGCUGAAGGUGGAGAAGCAGAUGCAAGGAGUAAAAUCAGUGAUUCCUUCUCAUUUUUGGAUGUCCUCCAUGCCAAUCAGUUUGAAGGAGAGUUUGUUGAACCUCAACACGCUGAGCAAGUGGAGGAAAACUUUUACAGAGGGGCCCCACCGAACUGGUUAAACUUCUAUAUCAGUGAACAAGCAGUGUCAGAUGGCAAUGCAACUCCUUUUAUCAAACGAGAUGGAUAUGAAACCCUUAAAGAACAAAUUCACCUGAGAAGAAAAGGCCCUGGGACAUCAACAAUUAAACUGUUUCAUCAACAAGGAUGUGGGGGAACCACACUAGCUAUGCAGGUGCUGUGGGACUUGAGGAAAACCUUCAGAUGUGCUGUUUUGACAGGCUCAACAUUAGAUAUCACAAAAGUUGCGCAACAUGUGGUCAGCCUUUUUACAGCUGGUAGCCAUGGCCACCAGAAAACGGUACUGUUGUUACUAAAUGAUGAGUUCAUAUUGGACAUCCUCCAGGACACGAUUAUGGAAGAGAUUGCUGAACAGGAUAUAGAAAUUGAUUUGCCUGUAGUAAUUUUACUGAACUGUGUGAGAAGCAGUGACGGGAUUAUCCACCAAAAGGCGCGUUCUUAUGAACUGAAACAAAAGUUCAAGACGAAAAUGAGAAAAUCUAUUAUUCUCAAAAAAGCUCUCUCAGACAGAGAGCAAGCAGACUUUGAUAUGAAAAAAGAAGAGCUUGGCAGAAGAUUUGGUGAUCGGUGCAAGCAGUUUCAUGGUUUUAACAUUCUGCAGUCUAAUUUCUCUCAAGCCUACAUCAGGAACGCAUGUGCUACAUUAGAACAUAUCAAAAGAACAAAUAAGCCACUGAAGAUGCAGCUUGCUGCCUUCCUGUGUCUGCUGAACGCCUACGUACCAGGUUCAUAUCUCCUGGAGUCUCAGUGCCUGGACUUCCUCAGACAUGAAGAUGAAGAUGACUUUUCACUGGAGGAUCAAAUGCAGCCUUUCAGUCAUCUGAUCGUCACCUUCCAACAAGACGGAAGAGCUGAAAAAAAGGUUUGCAUGGCUCACAAUAUGAUAGCUCAGUGUUGUACUGAACAGUUGGGUGAUGCAGGUGUGACCAGAAGUGACACAACAAGACACUUCUUGAACAGUUUUUGCAAAAGUUAUGUUCCUCCAUGUUUGCUUGGGUUUGUCAAAGACAUGCUAACCAAAAGAGAAAUUAAAAUAAUAGAGGACCCAACUGGUGUCAUUAAUGAGAAGAAAGAAACGUUUUCCAGACUGAUUCAAGAUAUUACAAAGACAGAAGAUGAUGACAAAAAGAAAGGCAAAAGUCAGAGUCUGUCAGUUUUGAAGGUGGCCUCAAAAAAAUUUGAUGACAACCCACUUUUUCCACAAACUCUUGCUCGUUUAUAUUAUAUAGAAAUAGAAGACUACAAUGAGGCAGAAAUUUGGGCAAAAAAAGCAAAGCAGAGAGCACCUUGGAGUUCAUAUGUUGCAGAUACACUAGGCCAAGUCCAUAAGAUCCACCUGAAGAACUUAAAGGUUUCUGCCAAGCCAAGAGAAAUUUUACAGCUUGCCCAAAAAGGCAUUGAAGCUUUUGAAGAUGAGGAACGACUUGCUGAGAAUGAACACAUGAAAGGCAAACAAGGAGAUGGCAAUAAAAAAGUCUUGCGUGCUUUAAACACCAGAGGGCUGUUUGGUUAUCUGGAAGUUUGCAGCCUGUUGUAUGACCAUCUUAUCAGACAUGAUGAACUUUGGAAGCAAGUUCUCACAAAGACUGUGUCUCUGGGCUCUGUCCUGAAAUCCCUCGGAGAUGAGAAACUUUUCAGGUUUAAGGAGCUAAUAAACAGCCUCAGAGAUUUGGUUGAGAAAAGAUCUGAAUUUUUUGACACUUUUUUAACGUAUUCAUAUUCUGUUGUAAAGAAAGAAGAUCCAUCCUACAUUUCCAGAAAGACAAUAGAAUGCUACAAAAAGUAUGUUGGAGAUGCAGAACCAAAUGAUCAACUCCAGAAAGCCUUCCACAAACUUAAACAGAAACUGGCUGUCACUUCUCCGGGAGUACUUUCAUGUCUUGAAAGAUGCACUAGAUCCGACACCAAGGACAUUGCUGUAUGGUGGAAAGAAAUCUGCCAACACAAACAUUCUGCUACACAUGCCUUACUCAACUACGUUCUGGCCAAUAUCAUGCUGAUAAAUCUGAAAGAACCUCCGUCCAGCUCCGACUACCAAAGCAGCUUUACAGAUAAAAUGCCAUUGGCUCCUGAGAUGCACCCCGAGUUUCACAUGUUAGCUCUGCUGUUGUGUUGGCCUACAGAUGGUGAAGACAAAUUGGCCUCUGACCUCCCUCAUUUAAUCCAAAAUAUUCUGUAUUCCUAUGAACAAGAAUAUAAGUCACUCUUUCGGUCAAGGUACCUUCGACCCAUAUUUUUUCUUGGACCGGGUCAGGGUCUGAACAGACUUGUUCACAGACGCAACCUUGAAAUCUUGUGGACCCAAGAUGCACUGCAAGACCCAAAAACAAACUGGAGGAACGACGAUGUUUUCAGAAAUCCAACAGUCAAAGACAAACUUCUCAGGGUUAAAGGGGUGGUGAGAAAUUACAGGCUGUAUGCAACAUUUGGCGGCACAGAGAUCAAGUUGGAUGUUAACCAAAAAGACAGCCUCUGGAACUCAGGCCAUGUGUUCUUUUAUGUUGGAUUUACAAUCAGUGGUCCUGUUGCUUACAACGUUCACAGAAGAACUGAGGGUAAGAAAAUGAAACUAUUAAAAUCCUUUCCCUCAACAAAUUAAAUGCUUUCCUCUUUGAGUAUCACAUUUUUUCAUGUUAUAAUGACAAUAGUUGUUUUAAUACAGCUAGGUUGAUAAUUUUACUUGACCAAAUGGUGUUUCCUCCAUUUUUCUGCU